GCAAACCGGAUCCAACUGACCUGUUUCUUUCCCAUUUUUCCAUCGAAAACGGAUUUUAUUUUAUUUUCUGUUAAGAACAAAAUCAGAGUUGAAUUUGUUGAAUGAAAACACUAAAAAAUAAAAUCCUAAAAGUCGAGGAUCAUCCCACGUUGGAAACCUUAAAAAGUUGUAUAUUACACCGACAGAGAGAGACCGACAAAGCAGAGAAACGAAAAAACAAAGUUACACCUCCGGUGAGUCUCUUUCCGUUCUUUUUCAGAUCCAAAACUAGUUUUCAGAAUUCCUCAAUUCCUAUUGGAUCCAGAAAAACAAGCACACAGAAGUAGCUUUUUGUUGUACAUGAUAUCUAGCUUUGGAAGAAAUGUUAGAAUGGCAUUAUAUAGACACGGUACAGAAUUAUUACCGGAACGAAGAGAAAUUACUGGUUCCAUAAUUCGGCAUUUUGAUCGAAGUGAUUAUGCUUCAAGGAUCCGUAGAGGGAAGAGAUUUGCUCGAUUAUCGAAGCGUAGACUUACAUUUUGGAUGUUUGUACUAGCAGUGGUGUCUUUGAUUUACUUAUCAGUUUUUGAUGUCAAAUUGCCACUUCAUGUAGGUAAAAGAAAUAGCAAUUCGGCCACCACGAGGGAUAGAGGCCAAGAGGGUUCUGGAUUUGAGGGUUUUGAAUUUACGAAACCUAAGCAUCGCAAGCAGCAUUUUCCUUGUGAGGUUAAGUUUCUGGAAUCAGUUGAUAAUGCCAUUGAACCCCUGGAGUCUGUGAAUUUCGAACAAUUUUCACUUGACUAUGUUGAUAGGGAGGAGAAUUUUGAUGGGAUUGAUGCAUUUGAACCCAGAUUUGGGGGGCACCAGACCCUCGAAGAAAGAGAAAAAACUUUCUACGCUAGGAAUCAAACAAUGCAUUGUGGGUUUGUCAAGGGACCUGAAGGAUCCCCGAGCACGGGGUAUGAUUUGGACUGGGAAGACAGGGAAUACAUGAAUACUUGCCACAUUGUUGUAUCCUCUUGCAUUUUUGGAAGCUCUGACUUUUUGAGGAGACCUACAAGCAGGAAGAUUAGUGAAUAUUCGAAGAAGAAUGUUUGUUUUGUCAUGUUUUUGGAUGAACAAACGAUAUCGAAACUAUCUUCAGAGGGGCAUGUGCGAGAUGAUAGAGGAUACAUUGGCUUAUGGAAAAUCGUUAUCGUGAGAAACUUGCCAUAUGUUGACAUGCGGAGAACAGGAAAGGUGCCGAAAUUUUUAUCUCACCGUCUCUUUCCAUCUGCUAGGUUCUCUAUUUGGCUCGAUAGCAAAAUGAGACUUCAUACAGAUCCCAUGCUGAUUCUUGAGUACUUUUUGUUUCGGAACGGAUCUGAAUAUGCUAUUUCAAACCACUAUGAUCGUCAUUGUGUGUGGGAGGAAGUACUCCAAAACAAACGUCUAAACAAGUACAAUCACUCUGCUAUCGAUGAACAGUUCAAUUUUUACCAGUCAGAUGGGCUCACUAAAUUUGAUCCAUCUGACUCAAAUACUCUUCUUCCAAGUUAUGUACCUGAAGGUUCAUUCAUUGUGCGUGCCCACACACCAAUGUCAAAUUUAUUUUCGUGCCUUUGGUUCAAUGAAGUCGACCGCUUCACCUCACGAGAUCAACUUAGCUUUGCAUAUACUUACUUGAAAUUGAGGAGGAAGAAUCCUGAUAAACCAUUUUUUCUGAACAUGUUUAAGGACUGUGAACGCAGAGCGCUUGCAAAAUUAUUUCGACAUAGGACUGCCGAAUCACCUCCACCACCUAAUAGUAUACUUUGAUUGGAAUACAAACUUUCAGUAAAUUUUUUGAUGAAGUCCAAAUCACCAUUUUGGUUUGGUUCAUGCAGAGGUAGGUGACUAAAACUAAUUCAGAAUUUGAUGUCUUUGAUUUGGAUUGAUGUAUAUGGAGUAGCGGCUGGGCCAAGUUGCCUUCCAUGAAGCUAUAAUAGGCUUCCCUACAACCAACCUAAUAUGUUUGAACAGCACAGCAGCCAGGGAUUAACUUCUCAGCAUCAUGAUGGUAUUGCUUCGUUUUUGUCUGUGCAGUAAAAUUAAGAAAUGCGUAGUUUUGCUCCAUCCAAAAACCUGUAUAUAUGCUCUCCAGUCCAAUUGUAUAUGAAGAGUUAAGUAAAUGUAGUUGUCUGUAGGGAAUCAAUUCGAUGAAAGUGGUGAACUUUUUCGCCUAGAUUAUGGGCAGGGUUUUGAUUAUUCAUGAACAGAUAUAGCAAUGGAAAUGAUUAUUAUGCAUUGGUUCUGGUUCUAAA